AUAUCGCGUCAGCCAGUUUCGGGCCGUUCUCUGAAAUUGAGACCGCGAGGUUUGCAGUCUUUCUCUUUCUCCAUCUGCGGGGAGUUGAAUUACAGAGAUGAAUAGCGGAACAAAAGCAGCCAUUUUUAUUCCUCAAAGCAAUUUUUUUCAUCUCCGGGCUGCCUUCUUUCAUUCUACUCCUUUCCUCGAACGCAAAAGACGCAAUUUUUGGGAUUGUAGAUCUAAUGGUUAUUCCCGGAGGUCAAGGAAGCUGCAAGGAAAGCAGUCAUUACUGCGUAAUGUCAGUGCUUAUGCAGACUACUUAUUCAAGAGCUGGAGAGAUGAUUUUGAUGAAGAUGAUCCACCUUCAAGCAGAAGCUCCUCAUGGUUCAGAAAGCAAUACUCUAAGGGAUCAAGACAGAACAGGACUCCCAAUCAGGGAGCUCAACGUUCGGGUAGAAAAGGUUUCCAGUUUUGUGAAGACGACUUAGAUGUGGAGACCAUUUUCCGAUCUGCAUUUGGUGGAAAUCGAUACUUCUACUGGUCUUUCAUAAAUGAAGAAAAUCCUCAAUGGAGAAGUUCAUCUGGGUACUCUAAUUACUAUGGGAGGAACUGGAGAUACCGGGUUGAAUAUGAUUAUGAUUCCUCGCCGGAGUCUGAUGGUUUGGAGUCAGAGUUGGCUUCAAAUAGGCUUGCCCUUGGGUUGAGUGCUUCUGGUCCUCUGAAACUUGAAGAUAUUAAAAAUGCAUAUCGUGAAUGUGCACUGAAGUGGCAUCCAGAUCGUCACCAGGGCUCCUCCAAGGCUAUUGCAGAGGAAAAGUUCAAGCAUUGUAGUGCAGCAUAUCAAUCUUUAUGUGACAAGCUAGCUGCUGCUUAGAGAUUGCCUUAAUUAUCCUAGUCUACACACAAGUUCAAGCUGCACUUCCCUUGGGCAUGGCAGUAGAUAUAAUGUAAUCAAAUUUUUAUUGAAUUUUCUAGCUGACAAGUUUCAAGAGAUGGUGCUGGAAUUAGCAUAUUUCAAUUCCACCCACAAACUGUACAAUGCAAUAACCAUCAUCCAUCAUUCAUCAGAUGGAAGAUAGGAUGCCAUUUUUGUUGCUGAGUGUAGUAUUAAAAACAUUGAUCUUGUAUUUAUUGAACAGUUUCUAAGUUACAAAUUGAAGUUA